AACAAAUCAAAACUAAAAUACAGAUCUAAUCCUCCAAAAACAAAAUUAAUCUUUUAAAUUAGUUAGAACAGUUUUUGUCUGUGUUUUUGGUCUUCCUCUCACUAACAUCUCAUUUGCAGAAAAUUUCGGCAUUGGUGUUCAUCUACUGGAGGCUCAGUUACUGCUGAAGUGUAGCAUUACAUCAUCUUAGCUCUUGAUUCUGCAAUCUGCUUCUCAUCGAAUAAAGCAAAAUUCAGCAGUCUGUUGGAUCUUAUGCAUUUUAACCACUAGUCUUUUAUUGUACAACUUGAGGGUUUCAACAUUCAGCGACCUGGUUCAGAGGGCAACCUGGCCCAAGUAAUUGACUACACCGCUUUUCCUGUUGCUAGGAGGGCAAAUUCCUCCAACAAAAUGAUGAUUGAUGAGGAUGUUGAGGGUGGUAAUCUGGGAGCUUACCAAGACAGGCCAAGGACUUUCCCCAAUAUGCGUAGCAAACCGUAUACCCCGCUCAUUUUUCGAGUUCUCAUGGGAAUAGAUGCUCGGGUUUUUUUACUUCUUCUGCUCUUGGGCUUAGGAGCAAUCUUUUACAUGGGCGCGUGUACUUCUCCGAUCAUCGUAUUUGUCUUUACAAUCUGUAUCCUCAGCUUCCUUUUUGCUAUAUAUCUUACUAAGUGGGUAUUAUCAAAAGAUGAGGGACCUCCUGAAAUGGUUCAGAUAUCAGAUGCAAUACGUGAUGGAGCUGAAGGCUUCUUCAGGACUCAGUAUGGGACUAUCUCGAAGAUGGCAUUGUUGCUUGCCCUGGUGAUCCUUUGCAUAUAUUUGUUCCGUAGUACAACUCCUCAACAAGAAUCUUCUGGCAUUGGAAGAUCAACAUCUGCAUAUAUCACUGUUGCUGCAUUCCUAUUGGGGGCUUUAUGUUCAGGUAUGGCAGGUUAUGUUGGGAUGUGGGUGUCAGUUCGUGCAAAUGUUAGAGUUUCUAGUGCUGCAAGACGAUCAGCUAGAGAGGCUUUGCAGGUGGCUGUACGUGCUGGUGGUUUCUCUGCCAUUGUGGUUGUUGGUAUGGCUGUACUUGGUGUAGCCAUCCUUUAUGCGACCUUUUAUGUUUGGUUGGGUGUGGAUUCUCCAGGGUCAAUGAAGGUUACUGAUUUGCCUCUUCUUCUUGUGGGAUAUGGCUUUGGAGCUUCUUUUGUUGCCCUGUUUGCUCAGUUGGGCGGUGGAAUAUACACAAAAGCAGCUGAUGUUGGAGCUGACCUUGUUGGGAAAGUAGAGCAAGGAAUACCUGAAGAUGAUCCUAGAAAUCCUGCAGUGAUUGCAGAUUUGGUUGGAGACAAUGUGGGUGAUUGUGCUGCUCGGGGUGCUGAUCUUUUUGAAAGUAUUGCUGCUGAAAUAAUCAGUGCUAUGAUACUUGGGGGAACAAUGGCUCAACGUUGCAAAAUCGAGGAUCCUUCUGGCUUCAUCUUGUUUCCUUUGGUUAUUCAUUCUUUUGACCUGGUUAUUUCUUCAAUUGGAAUACUUUCAAUCAGGGGUACUCGUGAUUCUAGUGUGAAAUCUCCUAUGGAGGAUCCAAUGGCUAUUCUUCAGAAAGGAUAUUCUGUUACUAUAGUUUUGGCGGUCAUCACAUUUGGUGCUUCUACCCGUUGGAUGCUCUAUACCGAACAAGCACCUUCUGCAUGGUUUCACUUUGCAUUGUGUGGAUUGGUUGGAAUCAUCACAGCGUAUAUAUUUGUUUGGAUCACCAAGUACUAUACAGACUACAAGCAUGAGCCUGUGCGCACAUUAGCUCUUGCCAGCUCCACUGGUCAUGGGACUAACAUCAUUGCUGGAGUUAGUUUGGGCCUGGAAUCAACAGCUCUUCCAGUUAUUGCCAUUAGUAUAGCUAUUGUUUCAGCUUUUUGGCUGGGUCAGACAUCAGGUCUGAUGGACGAAGCUGGACAGCCGACUGGCGGGCUUUUUGGUACAGCUGUCGCCACAAUGGGAAUGCUCAGUACUGCUGCCUAUGUUCUUACAAUGGAUAUGUUUGGCCCUAUAGCAGACAAUGCUGGUGGAAUUGUAGAGAUGAGUCAGCAGCCAGAAAGUGUUCGGGAGAUUACUGAUCUUCUUGAUGCAGUUGGGAACACAACAAAAGCUACCACCAAAGGUUUUGCCAUUGGAUCUGCAGCUCUUGCUUCUUUCCUACUAUUUAGUGCUUAUAUGGAUGAGGUUGCUACAUUUUCCCAUGUAACUUUCAAUCAGGUUGAUAUUGCUAUUCCUGAAGUUUUUGUUGGUGGGUUACUGGGCUCAAUGCUUAUUUACUUGUUUAGUGCAUGGGCCUGCGCAGCAGUUGGCAGAACUGCUCAAGAGGUUGUUAAGGAAGUAAGAAGGCAAUUUAUUGAGAGGCCAGGUAUCAUGGACUACAAGGAGAAGCCAGAUUAUGGUCGCUGUGUAGCAAUUGUGGCAUCUGCCUCUUUGAGAGAGAUGAUAAAACCUGGUCUUUUGGCUAUUAUAUCACCUAUAGCUGUUGGUUUGCUGUUCCGGAUUUUGGGACACUAUACAGGACAUCCUCUACUUGGAGCUAAAGUUGUGGCUUCUAUGCUGAUGUUUGGAACAGUUUCUGGCAUUCUUAUGGCGCUCUUUUUGAACACGGCAGGUGGUGCAUGGGAUAAUGCGAAAAAAUAUAUUGAAACUGGAGCUCUUGGAGGGAAGGGGAGUGAUUGUCAUAAAGCAGCAAUCACCGGAGACACUGUAGGAGAUCCGUUCAAAGAUACAGCAGGACCUUCACUUCACGUCCUCAUAAAAAUGUUAGCAACGAUCACACUGGUCAUGGCCCCUGUGUUUCUUUGAAGAGAACGUCGCUAAUUAUUGAGUUUCAAUGAGAGUAUACAGACGCAAGCACCCCUCAUUUCGGGUUAUCUAGACUUCUUUUUUGCAGAUAAUAUACAGUUAGGUAUUUGAUGUACAUCAAAGGGUGCCCAGUUAUUAGAUUGAUGAAUUUGCCCUUUUUUUCUCUCAGAUUUAAAUAAGAGAAAUUAGUAGACAGCUGAAUUUAAUAUACACAGUGCAAAGUUUUGAUUAGUGUGUGUACUUAAUCCUGAAGACCUGUUGAUAAAACCGAUAUGAUGUACAAGAGGCUCAAACGAAAAUAGAUAUUUCUUGUUCGGUCUGGUUCAAAAUUCA